GCUGAACUCUUUGGCUCGUCUUCAUCUUCACUCAUCCCAUUCCCAUCAUGUUCUCCGCGCUCAAGUCCGUUCCCAUCAAGCAGGGUGUGAGGUCCUUCUCGACGACGCGCGCCGUCGCCGACCUGUCUCGCGUCACGCUUAUCGGCCGCCUCGGCGGCGACCCAGUGCAGCGCACGACGCAGAGCGGCAAGCCAUACUACACCUACACGGUCGCUACUCGCGGACCUGGCGGCACCGUUGUUGAUGAGCACGGCAACCGCCAGGAGCCCCCGACGUCAUGGCACACCGUCUUUGCGUUCGGCGACGGCGCGCAGAAGACGCUUGGCCGUAUCGGCAAGGGCUCGACCGUCUUUGUGGAGGCUGACCUCGAGAUGCGCCCUGGUGGCCAUGCUACCGACGGCGCUGCCCUCCCCGACCGCCCCCUCCUGAGGCAUCAGCGCAUCAACGUCAUCAACUGGAUCAAGCCUGAGAACGAGGCUGCUGGUGCAGAGGAGCCCGAGACUGACUAGGCGGCGAACUCGGUGCUGGCAGGAGUCGUAGUGGAGGCGUGCGUGCCGAUUCAGGCCUCGCGUUGGCGGUGAAGUUGUCCCGCUGGGAACGAAGAAUAAUCCCCUCUCAUACACACUAGCAUGGGCUGUAGUCUACACCAUGGCAUUAUCACUGCUCACGG